ACGCUUGGGCCGCGCUCGCUGCUGCCCUCGGCCCGCGCCUCGCCCCUGCCACCGCCAUGGGCAAGAAGCACAAGAAGCACAAGACUGAGUGGCGCUCGUCGUACGAGGAUUACACAGACAAACCCUUGGAGAAGCCUCUGAAGCUGGUUCUCAAGGUUGGAGGAAGUGAAGUGACUGAACUCUCUGGAUCUGGCCACGACUCCAGUUACUACGAUGAUAGAUCAGACCAUGAGCGAGAGAGACACAAAGAAAAGAAGAAGAAAAAGAAGAAAAAGUCAGAGAAGGAGAAAUAUCUGGAUGAUGAAGAAAGAAGGAAGCGAAAGGAAGAGAAGAAGCGGAAACGGGAAAAGGAACACUGUGACACAGAGGGAGAGGCUGAUGACUUUGAUCCUGGGAAGAAGGUAGAGGUGGAGCCACCCCCCGAUCGGCCAAUUCGAGCAUGCCGGACACAGCCAGCUGAAAAUGAGAGCACGCCUAUUCAACAACUACUAGAGCAUUUCCUCCGCCAGCUCCAGAGAAAAGAUCCUCAUGGAUUUUUUGCUUUUCCUGUCACGGAUGCAAUUGCUCCUGGAUAUUCAAUGAUAAUAAAACAUCCAAUGGAUUUUGGCACAAUGAAAGACAAAAUCAUGGCUAAUGAAUAUAAGUCAGUCACGGAAUUUAAGGCAGAUUUCAAACUGAUGUGUGAUAAUGCAAUGACAUACAACAGACCUGAUACUGUGUACUACAAGUUAGCUAAGAAGAUUCUUCACGCAGGCUUUAAGAUGAUGAGCAAAGAGCGGCUGUUAGCUUUGAAGCGCAGCAUGUCGUUUAUGCAGGACAUGGAUUUUUCUCAGCAGGCAGCUCUUCUGGGCAAUGAAGACACAGCUGUUGAGGAACCUGUUCCUGAAGUUGUACCCGUACAAGUAGAAACUGCCAAGAAAUCGAAAAGGCCGAGUAGAGAAGUCAUCAGCUGCAUGUUUGAGCCAGAAGGAAAUGCUUGCAGCUUGACUGACAGCACAGCAGAAGAGCAUGUGCUGGCCUUGGUGGAGCACGCUGCGGAUGAGGCUCGAGACAGAAUCAACCGACUCCUUCCAGGUGGCAAGAUGGGCUAUCUGAAGAAGAGCGGAGAUGGGAGCCUGCUCUACAGCGUGGUCAACACAGCUGAGCCAGACGCCGACGAGGAGGAGACCCACCCAGUGGACCUGAGCUCCCUCUCCAGCAAGCUGCUUCCUGGCUUCAGCUUCACCACACUGGGCUUCAAAGACGAGAGACGGAGCAAAGUCACAUUUCUCUCAAGUGCCAGUACUGCACUUUCAAUGCAUAAUAAUUCUGUAUUUGGAGACUUGAAAUCAGACGAAACAGAGCUUCUGUAUUCUGCCUACGGAGAUGAGACGGGUGUGCAGUGUGCACUGAGCCUGCAGGAGUUUGUGAAGGAUGCUGGGAGCUACAGCAAGAGAAUGGUGGACGACCUUCUGGACCAGAUCACAGGUGGAGACCACUCACGGAUGCUCUUCCAGCUGAGGCAGAGGAGAAAUGUCCCGAUGAAGCCCCCAGAUGAAGUAAAGGCUGGAGACUCCAUAGGAGAUGGUGGCUCUGUUUUGGAUUUCAUGUCAAUGAAGUCGUAUUCUGACGUCUCUCUGGACAUCUCCAUGCUCAGCUCUCUGGGGAAAGUGAAGAAGGAGCUGGACCAUGAUGACAGCCAUCUGAACUUGGAUGAGACAACAAAACUCUUACAGGACCUGCAUGAGGCACAGGCAGAGCGCGGGGGCUCCCGGCCGUCAUCCAACCUCAGCUCCCUGUCUAACACCUCCGACAGGGAUCAGCACCACCUGGGAAGCCCUUCUCGCCUCAGUGUUGGUGAGCAGCCAGAGGUGUCCCAUGACCCAUACGAAUUUCUUCAGUCUCCAGAACCUGCAGCCUCUACAAAGAGCUAGCCUUGUGGAUUGUCUACAGGGUUUUUUUUGUUUGUUUUUUUGUUUGUUUUUGUUUUUAUUUGCAUGUACAGAGUACAAUGUUUUUGUUGUGAGACAAAGACUAUCAUGUCCCCUUUGGUAUGCAGGUGGGAAGGAGCCUGGGGAGGUGGUGAAUUGUCUCUGAUAUCAUGUCGGCCGCAUGUUGAUGCAGUAUUUCUGUAGAUAGUCCUAUGAAUCUGAAUAAUGGAAAUCCUAUAUAAAGGGUGUGUGACCGGAUCAUAUAAA